GUGGCCUGGGGGUCGUCCCUGUCCUCCGAGGAGAUCAGCAGGUUGAAGCCGAGUCAGAAGCACAAUCACCUGCCAGGAUGGGACUCCCUAAACAACAAAGCAACGCUCGGGGAGGUGGCUCGGACCCACAGCUCGAGGGGGUCGAGCCUGGCGGACAACGUUCCGCUGACGUUCGUUCUUCCCCAGCACGCAGACGAGCUGCUAGCUCACCACAGGAGAGGAGGAGGGCCGUACAUCGUGAAGCCCGUGGGAGGGACCCGGGGGAAGGGGAUCAGACUGAUGACGGAAGUAUCCGACGCGUUCUUGAAGGAGAGGAGGAGGCUGGUGGUACAGCAGUACAUCAUGAACCCUCACCUGCUGCAGGGCAGGAAGUAUGACCUGAGACUGUACGUGGCUGUGACGAGCUCUGAUCCCCUCCGCUUGUACAUCCACGAGCAAGGGUAUGGGAGAUUCUGCAGUGAGGAAUAUGAUCUCUCGAGGCCCCAGGAUCUGCACAUAACCAACUCCAACUUUCAAAAGUUUCACGAGCUCUACGCGCUCAGCGGCUCCAGCUCGAGGACGCGACCUGCGGGGAACAAGUGGCACAUUGAUAUCAUCAGGAGGGAGUGGGAGAGGGAAGGGAACCGAGGGGUGUGGGAGCGAAUCAAGACAGCCAUCACCAAAGUUUUCAUCAUGUUCAAGGUUCUGCUCAAAUUCUCCAGCAGGGGCGUCGCCGCAUCGCAGUCCAGCUGCUUCAGCCUCUUCGGGAUCGACGUGUUGCUCGACGACCAGCUGAAGCCAUGGCUGCUUGAGCUCAACAGCCUCCCGUCCACGGGGACAAGCUCUCCUCUCGACAUUGAAGUCAAGACCUCUGUCAUCAAUGACCUCCUCCACCUCCUCGGCCUGGUU